AGCUCUUCUAAGCCAGAGAUUUCCCAAAGCUGACUUUACUGACAUAACCAAGAUGGCAGCAGAUCUUAACAAAAUCCACAUGGAAUCCUGCAAGGGUGAUCAGAUUGAAUGUGCACAUGACAGGGUAACCCUUUUCAAGUACAUUUACGAUAAUCAAGAUACAGUCUCCAAGAAAGUGGGAGAAUGUUGUGCUAAGCAGGAGUUGGAAAGAUCCCACUGCAUUGCUGAACUGGAAGAGGAUGACAAGCCUGUUGACUUUCCCGCAGUCACAGUUGAUUUUGCUGAGGGUUUAUGCAUGAAUAUUCAAGAAGGCACCCUGAGUAUGGUUCCCUCUUGCUGCUGAGAAUUGCCAAGGUUUAUGAAGCCAAACUAGAGAAGUGCUGUGCUGAAGCUGAUCCUCCUGCAUGCUAUGGCAAUGUG